UAUGUUGAUCUUAAGGAUUCAAGUCAUCAUUUGCAGACUUUUAUAUCUACUUCAAAUAAUUGAGUGUAGCGGAUUGUUAAAUAUUUUUGAAGAACAAAAAGAUCAUUUAACCAGAGAGAGAAAUGAGGCUCAUAUAAAUAUUGGAUUGAUUUCGUCUCUUCAACAACAAGUUGACCAAUCUCAAUGCAGUUUUUUAAAUUCAACACUGCAAUUAGCGUUUAUCGAAGGUAUGUAUUUGGUGAAAAAAACUAUUGAAGAUAUUAAUGAAAGUAAUGAUAUUCUACCAAACAUAACCCUUGGAUAUGUUUUUAUUGAUAAUUGUAAUCUAUUUUCGAAAAGCGUAAGGAAUUCAGUCAAGUUUUUACCAAGAAUCUCUAAUCAAAUUUGUACUAAGAGCGAUAAAGAACUGGAAUACUAUAACAUUACGGCAGUAAUUCCUACAACAAGUAGUUCUGAUCUUGUUGGCUUCUCAGCGUUAUUGAGUCAAUUUAAAAUACCACAAUUAGCAACAUUAUCAUCGAGUGAUGAAUUAAGCGACAAGGUCAGAUUUAAGUAUUUAGUUCGUAUAGCUAGUCCAGAUAAAUUUCAAGCCCAAGCUCUGGUUGAUUUUGCUUUAGAACAUGAAUGGAACUACAUUUCUAUCCUAUAUAUUGAAGGAAGUUAUGGAGAAAAUGGAGCUAAGCACUUACGGAAAUUGUUUGCUAAAAGCGGUAUCUGUAUAGCUGUUGAUGAAAUGAUUUCAUUCGACAACUCUAUUGAGGAUUUUGAAAAAGCAUUAAAACUUAUUAAAAUGCAUCCGAAUUCAGAGAUAAUCAUUAUUUUCCUAUAUCCUAAAGAAAUAAGCCUAUUUUACAAUGCAAUGGAAAGGGCUAAACUUUUAAAUAAAAAAUAUAUAUUAUCAUCUGAUGCAUUGAUGUAUACGGCUAUAUCAAAUGUCGGUAAACAAAGAUCUUUUUAUUCUUUUGCUAUAGCAUUCCAAACAGGAGAUGUUCCCUCUGCAAGGCGCAAGUUAACUUCAAUAAAUCCUACAAAAUAUCCUAAUCUCAUAUAUAUUAAACAAUACUGGAAAUUUUUAUUCAACUGUACAUGGGAUACAUCAAUAAAUUCAACAACUAAACCCUGCGAUCCUAAUGCUAAUCUUAGUUCGAUUAAUUAUAAAGUAUCAGCUUUAUCAGUGGAAUACGAUUGUUUGCAAAUAUACGUACAGGCUAUGCAGCGAAUAGUACAAACGUUUUGUCCUGGUGUUUUCGGUUCGGAUGCUGCUAAAUGUAUAACAGGAGAGAGAAUUCUUCAUGAACUUCGAACUGGUACCUUUAAAACUUCCCUUGGGAAAGUUCAAUUCGAUAACAAUGGCGAUAUUAUAGGUGGAUAUAAUAUUGUUCAGUUCGUCGAUGAUGAAAAAUACAAUGUUAUUGGCAAAUGGAGUAGAGAAAGAGUAGGUGUUGAACUAACGAAAGAAAUUAAAUGGCCUAAAUCAUAUAUUCCAAUUUCGAAAUGCAGUCAUCCUUGUCCUCCAAAAUAUUACUAUAUCCAUAAGGCAGUAAUAUGUUGUUGGGAUUGUCGUCAAUGUCGAAAUAAUGAAAUUGUUAUUGGCAAUCGGACUGGAUGUGAAGAGUGUCCCGAAUUUUUUUGGCCAGAUAAAGAGGCGUUGGAAUGCGUAGCUAUUGAAGCCGAUUACCUAAAAUGGUCAGAUUUUGAAACAAUCAUCAUAUUAACAUUAGCUAUAUUCGGUUUAUUUCUAUCUAUAUUAAUUACAAGCUUUAUCAUUUGGAAGAGAAAUGAAAAAUUAAUAAAAGCCUCAUCAAUUCAGCUAACGGCAAUUAUCCUAAUUGGGAUUAAACUGUGUCUUAUGUCUACUUUCCUUUUCUUAAUAAAACCAAACGACACCGUUUGCAGUUUAAGCAGAUAUCUAUUUAAUAUCUCAAAUAGUUUAAUAUACGCUCCAUUAAUUAUGAAAACAAAUCGGGUGUUUAGAAUCUUCUCAUCGGCAAGGAAAGGAAAUCAAAGUGUUAAAUAUACCAGUAACCGUUUUCAGGUACUGAUGGCAUUCCUACUUGUUCUUCUACAAGUUAUACUAACGCUAUUGUCGACUAUCAUUUCAAAGUACACAGCUGGUUUGAGACAAAAAAUAAGAACUGAAUCCUACGUUGAACUUCAAUGUUCUGUUGCACUGAGAGGGUUUAUACCUAGUUUAUCUUAUAAUAUUGUCCUGGCAUCAAUUUCAUCGUAUUAUGGCUUUUUAACUAGAAAACUACCUGAGAAUUUUAAUGAAGCUUCUUAUAUUUUUGUUUCAGUAUCGACAACUCUAUUUGUAUGGCUUGUUCUACUCCCCACAUACUUUACAACCGAAAUUGCUAAAUAUCAAUCUCUACUACUGGCUGCGACUUGUCUAUUAAAUUCAUUGAUAACAUUACUCUGUUUAUUUUUACCAAAACUAUAUGCUAUAUGGUUUAUUGAUGAACAGAACUUGAAAAUAAGAACGGUAUCGCUAAAUACAGAUAGUUCAGUUGCCCCUAAUUAAGUAGUUU